CUCUUUGAUUAAAAUGGCUGCUCGCGUAUUACGCAAGUUUUGUUCUUCAACAACUCUUUCACCUUUGAAACAUUAUUUCAAUUUAUGUCCAAGAAAUACAUCUUUAUUUGUAACAAGAAAUGUCUGUAUACGAAUGGCUAGUACAUCCACGUCAAAGGCGAAUGAGAAAAAGGAUGUGGUGACAGUAAGUUUUAUUGAUAGAGAUGGAGACAAAAUGACUGUUAGUGCAAAAAUAGGAGAUAGUUUAUUGGAUGUGGCAAAAGACAAUGAUGUUGAUUUAGAAGGUGCUUGUGAAGGGACCCUGUCAUGUUCUACUUGUCAUUUGAUAUUUGAACCUGAAGAAAUGAAGACAUUGAACUUGGAUGACCCAUCAGAUGAGGAACUUGACAUGCUGGACUUAGCAUAUGGACUGGAAGACACGUCUCGUCUUGGCUGUCAGAUCAUUGUUACCAAGGCCUUUGAAGGAAUAACUUUGAGAGUGCCAAAAGCCCACAGAGAUGUCCGUGAUCUCUGAUAGAAUCCAUCCAACUGAGAAAGAACUCUUCUGCUUUAUUGAAUAACAAUGUACAAUUUAUACCUCUUUUACGUUGCACAAUUUGAAUCCAUUUUUACACAGUCUCGCACAGAAAAUAAAAGCCUACAGGUACUUAGUAGACUUCUAGGUCUAUAUCCACCUCUACCUCCUUCAUGACUGUAAACUUUUGUACUACACGGUUUUAAUUAUGAAAUGUAGUAACAGGAUGAUGUGAUACAUUGCGAGUAUAUUCUCUACCAAGGCCUGAAUAAGUAACAAUUCAGAGCAUGGACGUGGACUCUGGGUCAAGAGGUCUGAUUUUGAGACCUUAAUUCUUAAACCCAUAAGGGUGACUAGCAUCUAAUUUCUUCUAACCAUAUCAGCCCAGAAUCACACAUUAAGGUCAUGAGAAUAAAGGAAGUAAUCACCAACUAAAGAAGCUCUUGAUUGUUCAACAAAUUCUCCUUGUUUAAGCACCUUAGGAAAUCUAUGGAGAACAGUAUGGAGAAUAUGCAUACUGAUGUUAGGAUGUGAAGGGUUAAAGCUGGGUCUUUGUGUUGUGUUGUGUAAACACUUCAGUUUCACAGUGCCUCUCUUCACCCAGGAGUAUAAAUGAGUACUGAUGAAUUGUCAGGAGAGCCUGAUGAAAAUAUUGGGGGCUAAUCUUGUGUUUGACUGGCAUCCCAUACUAGGUGGGAGUUGUGAUACUCCUUGUUGUUAUAUGCCAUGGAAAUGGGGAUAAGCACCGGCUGGAUGGGCCAUUGGGCUCAACUACAGACUGGCCAUCGAAAUUUAAGCAGAGGAUUCUACAUUGUAGUGGGAGAAUUCUCUGGUCUCCAUUGCUAAAUGAACACCAUGUGGAUGUACAAGCCAAAAUAUCCAUUAAGCAAGGUGCUACCUUUCAUCUUUACAAUGCUAUGCUAAAAUAAAGAAACCUU